AUGUUUCAUUGCAAAAAUGACAGCAAACGAGAGUGGAAAGUGGGAGACUCACUUUUCGCAGAAGAGAACAGAGUAUAUUACGGGGAAUUACAAGACAAAGGCUUCACGUCUCAGGGUCCAAGUAUAUUCUUUAUCCCCGAAGAGGCCCGCCGCGUUAUGAAUGAGGAUGGGUUUGCUGGAAAGACAAUCUCACUUACACUGAGAGCAGGAAACGUGUUGACAGCGCACCCACUUAUUCCACAGCUUCAUAUGGUGAAAAGCUCUGACAGUAUGGAUAUCCCCGUGGUGCAUAUGGCGACCAACACUGGGGAAGGACAAGUGAAAUUCUGGAGGAUCUUCGCAAAGCCAAUCGUGAGAGGACAGGCUUGCUUGUCUAACGGGCAUCCUUUGGAGUAUAAGAUCACGGAAACUUGGAAGGCGUCCCGUUUGCUGAAACCUAGCACAAACAUUGGAGAAGCCCUCGGGGGAAAAGCAGAAUGA